GCUCUACAAAAUCACUCGACGUGGAGCAGUGAAUGAAUUCCUGCUGGGGUGAUUCUCAAAGGAACAGCUGCGGUUCGUUGGGGUUGAAGCGGUUAAUUGUGACAACUCCUUAGUUGUUCACCUGACAACUCCAUUGCAGGUUUAUUUGCAGUCAGAGAGGGGAAGAGGAGAGAGGACAAAGGGAGGAGGGGUCGGUGGCGUCGCUCAGCUGAUUAGUCAUGCAUGCUCAUUUGUUGUCCUAAUUUGUGCCACUAGUUUGUGGGCAGUGAGGAAGCUCUGCCUUCCUGUCCAUCAUGGCUUCUCCUGUAAGGUGGACUCUCUGGACUUUGUUUGUGUGUUUUACAGCUUUGCAGAUCGCUGCUCUCAGGGUAACCAUGAGGGAAUCCAGUCUGGAGGCAGUUCAAGGUGACUCCAUCCUCCUGCCCUGCUCCUUUUUCACCUCCUCUGACUUCUCCAGACUUAAUGUGAUCUGGACUCUGGCUCCGUUCUCCAGCCCAGGGAGCCCAGUGCAGGUGAUCGUGUACGACCACGGUCAGGUGAUCAAGAACCCCUCCCUGAUUGGCCGGGUGGAUUUUACAGGUCUUCCAUUCAGUGCGGACAUUAUGCUGAAUGAAACUCGAGUCUCGGACGGCGGGAUUUACCGCUGCAUGGUCAACAACCCGCCGGACACGGCGGACCCCGGCGUGGGGGAGCUGCAGCUCCGCGUGCUGGAGCCACCUUCCCUGCCUGUGUGCGAGUGGGACGGAGUGAUUGACGUGGGCGGAAGCGUGAGGCUGUCCUGCUCCGUGGAAGAAGGCGUCCCCACUCCAGAAAUCCGCUGGGAGAAAGUGAACCCCGAGCAAAUUUCACUUCCAGUCAACAUGGAGGGUGAGCUGUCAGGCUCAGUCCAGAUUGUCAACGUGUCCUCUCAGACGUCCGGCUUGUAUCGCUGCUCGGCCACUAACAUCCUGGGAACAGAAAACUGCUACAUCAACUUGGCCAUUUACAACAGUGAGGCGGCUCCAGGCGGACCCUCAGGCGUCCUGCCAGGCGUGCUGCUCACUCUGGUGAUGGCUUUGUUGCUGCUGGCUCUGCUGGUCAUCAUCCUGUGGCUGCAUCGCACGGGGCAGGACGGGAGGAGCAGGAGGAGCAGCAGGAGGAGAAGCAGGAGGAGGGACAGGAAGGCAGAGGAAGAGGAGUGUUACAACGAGAUACGCUACACUCCGUCCCUGAUGAAGCGCUCCUUUGUCUGAAGUCCCAGCAUCAGGUACUAAAAUGAAGGACUUAUUCAGCUUUGCUUCUGCUCUUCUCACCGCUGUACUGCCAGACAUAUUGUGAAAUAAAAUAAUACCCAAG